AUGGCGAAUUCCUUGGAAUCCAAGGCAACAUCACACAGCACUACUUCCCAAUCAAACGAUCAGCAGCAAGCCAACUAUUACACACACAAUUGGAACCACUGCUCAACGCGACAGCCACAUGGAGUGUGUGAGUACCCUGGGACAUCUUAUGCGAAACCCAACAAACCCAAGCGCUCACAACCCAUCAAACCCAAGCGCUUACAGCCCAACAAACCCAAGCACUCACAACCCAACAAAGCCAAGCACCCACAGCCCAACAAAGCCAAGCGCUCACCUCCUGCAAUUCCGCCACUAUUUCAGAGUUGCGCCCUAAGAUCGCAGUCAUCUGCUCCGUUACUUCAACUGCCCUCGCUGCAUCCUCUAAGUGUACCUUCAAUUCAUCAUAACGAACACCCAACUCGUGCGCUUCCUGUGAUUAAACCACAUGAGAGAAAUAAUAAAUUCAGUGGGCUUAAUCAAAUGUGCAGCCUCGAACCAGAAAGUGAAGUUAACUCCCAAUACCAGCAAUAG